AUGACUCUACACAAUUUGGACUUGGCUUUGAGAGUUGAUGAGUCAAGUAAGCCCAUUGAUGUGAGAUCUGUAGAUGAAAGAUCCUUUUAUGAGAAAUGGGAGAACUCUAAUAGGAGUUGUUUGAUGGUGAUGAAAUACACUAUGGAUAAAUCUAUCAAAGAAUGUGUGCCAAAGACGGAAAGGACCAAAGACUUUUUGGAAUAUGUGAAGGUCAAUUAUACCAAGAUUGAUAAAGUAGAAAUGACAACUUAUUUGAAGCUUCUCACAACCACUAUGUAUGAGGAAGUAGGUAGGGUUAGAGAUCACAUCAUUAAGCUAAAACACUACUUCAACAAGGCAAAUGAGAUGAAAGUGGAGUUGAGUGAGAAAUUCUUGAAAUGGUUGAUACUUGAGUCUCUUCCUACUUCUUUUGAUGUGGUGAAGUUGACUUAUAAUGCCUUGAAGGAAGAAUGA